UCAAAUGAAAUAGAAAUGCAAAAUCGCAAAGAAAGUGUUAAUGUAAAAAAAUAACUCCUUUUUGUGCAACUACGUGUUUUUCUCUAUUUUGGCGUUUAUUCCUUUCCAAUAUUUACGUGAUGAAAUGACAAAAAAGGAGUAAACUAAAAGAAAAUUAUCAGUGUUUCUUGAGCUCUUAUCGUUUUAAACAAAAAAAAAAAUAAUAUUCAUUACGGUAUUUUUUUGGUUUUAUCUUUUUUUAGAAAAGUUUUCUUUAACGAAGUGAAAUUAAUCGAAAUUCAUAUUAAAAACAAAUCUGAUAAUAAUAUUAAUUAUUGCUAUAAGUUUUAAUUUAAUCAAAUUAUCACACUCGGAAAUAAAGAACUUUUAGACGAAAACAAUAACAAAAAAAAAAGUACACAAACACCGCAGCUCUUUCUGUAAAGCGCUGGCUAUGAGAAUUGUAUGUUUGUGUGAGCGAUAGUGUUAAAAGACGAUGAAUAUGGUGGCUGGCGAUGGUUUACGACAGUGUAUGAAUUAUUUUUAUUCAUUUGUUUUUGCUGGUUUUUAUUGGUGAACAACGGGAAGCAACAACACAAAAAAAACUAAAGAAGAACACAAAAUAUAUAAAGAAAAACAGAAUUAAACCGACGUCAGACAAUACGUCAAAAUACACACACACACAAAUAUUCUGAUUUUGUAUGUGUUUUAUAUUGUUUUAAAUAAAAAAAUAUAAUUUUUUUUUGCUACUAAAGUUUUUUUUUCUAAUCUUUAUCAAAGAAUAUAUUUUAGAAAAUUAAGUAAUUGAUAAUAACUACUGAAAUAAAAGAAGAUAAUAUUGAAGAAAAUAAUUGAACAAAAAAAAAAUUGUGUUGGAAAACCAAAAUUUUAUUGGCUGCUUCUGCAGCGCCUAAAGAGUGAAUUUUUAUUUAACAAAAAAAAGUUGCGUCAUCAUUACUUUUAAUACACACAUUGCGUUUCGGAUGUAGUGUAGAUUCUUAAAAAUAAGGAAGCCUUUUUUUAUACGAUUAUAUACGUUCCUGACUUACUACUACUACUCCUAUUAUUGUUGUUCCUUGUAAUACAUUCUCGCUUUCAAAAUGUCAGUGCAACAAUUUUGUUUACGCUGGAAUAAUCAUCAGCCAAAUUUCAUUUCGGUCUGCUCGUCUCUACUACACAAUGGUACAUUGGUUGAUGUUACACUGGCUGCUGAAGGCAGGCAAUUGCAAGCUCACAAAAUUGUUUUAUCAGCAUGCAGUUCAUAUUUUCAGACCCUCUUUACCACCAAUCCCUGUCAACAUCCGAUCGUUAUAUUAAAAGACGUGCAAUAUGAUGAUCUUAAAACAAUGGUCGAUUUUAUGUAUUAUGGAGAGGUGAAUGUGUCGCAAGAGCAACUGCCGCACAUACUGAAGACGGCAGAAAUGCUUAAAAUAAAAGGUCUCGCCGAAAUGCCCACCGAUCCUGCCAAUUUAACCAAAUCUGAUAGUAAAUCAUCAAAUGAUGCUACAGAGUUGGUGGGUAGCGGUGGCAAUAAUGGACAGUUAGGUGGUGGCGGCGGUGGUGGUAACAGUGGAGGCGGCAGCAGUGCAGGCGGUGGUAAUAACAGUAGUGGUGGUUUGGGCAGUAGUAGUGGCGGUGGCAGUGUCAGCGAUUCAAUAUGGGGUAGUACCGAAUCACAAUUUCAACAGCAGCAACAACAACAGCAACAACAACAUCAACAGCAUCAUCAACAGUUACAACAACAGCAGCAGCAACAACAGCAACACCAUCAUCAACAACAACAGCAGCAGCAACAGUUACACACCCAACUGCAAAAUAGUCAAACACAAACCUCACAACAACAGCAACAACAACAGCAGCAGCAACAACAACAUCAUCAGCAACAGCUACGACGUACACCGUCUCCAUUAGGCGCUGGCGCCUCACCAGCUACCAGACGAAAACGUUUAAGAAAAUCCUCAAAUAAUGGAUCCGGUGAACGUACUAAUUCCGAAGACCAUAACACUUCUUUGGAUGCAGCCACAGCAGGUGGCCUAACCUUGUCCCAAAUGAGUCAAAUGUCAUUUGGUGGUGCAGCUAUAAAUAGUGCUCUCGGUGGUUUAGCCGCACACUCCUUGCACACAGCUAAAUUACUUAAAGAAGCCUCUAAUAAUGAUUUGGAAACAAAUCCCCAAGAUUCAGAUAGUUUAGAUGAUACCCAUGGACAUGUACAUAUGCAAAUUAAACCCGAAGUUGAUAUGAGCGGAGUGCCACAGUCUAUGCCAUUGGAUAUAUCGGGUGCCACAACGCCCUCUGAACAUGAUGCUCCAAAUUCACAAUCCGCACAUUCAGGUUUACAAUGGACGGUUGUUGAACCAAAUUAUUCACGCUUUUCGCUGUCAUCCUGUCCCACCAAUUUAAUUGGCAAUAACAACAAUCAAAAUACAAAUACCAACAAUAACAACAGUUCGAGUAGUGAUCAACAGCAACAACAUCAGCAGCACCGUCAACAGCAAGAAGCCGUUGCUAGUCAACAGCAUCAACAACAGCAACAGCAGCAGCAACAACAACACUUGCAGCAACUACAACAAUAUCAGCAUCAACAAAACGCUGCUUAUUCGCCACAAAUCAUAACGGUCAGUGGCUAUACGAAUGCAGCAGCCGCUGCUGUUGCGGCGGCUCAAAACCUGUCACCGCCCUCGCCCAACGACGGCAAUAUGGUGCAAUCAGUAUACAGCCAAGGACCAACGCCCACCCAAUCACCGGUGGGAAAUACCCCGGGCUCUGUAGGUGGUAACAACAUGGCCGGCGGCAACUCAGCCAACAAUGCCAUCAUAAAACGUAAGCGUUCGGUUAAUCCACAAGGUGAUGAAAAUUUUAUACGGGCCCUGGAGGCAGUGCGUUCGGGAGGUAUAGGUUUCUGUAAAGCAGCACGACUGUAUGGCGUUAAUAACCGCACUUUAUGGCUAGAGUACAAGAAGCGCGGUUAUCCUGUGUCCAGGCCGAGUAUAAAAUCACGUGUGGUCAAACAAGAACCGAAUCUCUCACCCUCCCCCACACCACCCGGCAAUACCACAGACGAUACCAAUGAGAACUACGAUCAUAUGGCAGCAGCAGUCGCUGCUGCACAAACGGCCGCCCUAAACAUGCAAAUACCACCGACUUCCGAAACACCCACACCAUCACUAAUGUGUACACCCCAUCAUGCUGGCACAGCCGCUGGUGCUACCACACAUCCCACAAUGGGUGUAAUGAGUUUCUUGGAUACCCGCCAUAUGGACUUCCCAGCCAGUCUGCAUUCAAUGUCGCGUCAACGUUACAUUGAUGCCGGAGCUGGCAGUGGAGCCGGUGCGGGCACCAUCAAUGUAAAUCCGGCAACGGCAAUGAAUCUACAGAGUAUUAAUUUUAACUCGAUAUAGAAUUCAAUGUCUACAUCUUCUGCACAUUCUGCGACGGUGGUGGCUACAGAAACUAUACCAACAACAACCAUUAUACCCAUGCAUUUGCAACAUCAUCAUCAUAAUCCCAGUCACAGUCAUCAGCCACAACCACACCAACAACAACAGCAACAUCAUCCUCAUCAUGUGCAUCAACAUCCGCCACCGCUAAUACAACCCUCACCAACCCAGCCAUCCCAUACAGCAAACACAUCAUCAUCAAUUGUUACGAGCAGUGCUGCAGCGGCUGCCACAGCACUGCUCCAACAAACAACUCUAUCGUGUGAUACUCAAACGCCAACUGCCGCAACCCAUAAUCUUGUUGCUGCACCCCAACCUCAGGCUACUACAAUAUAUGUACAAAACUAUGCCACAGCCACACCGAUAAUAGUACAUCCAACGGAUAAUACCACCACUACAUAUAUGGCCAAACUAACAGCUUUACCACCGUCGUAGAUUUUCUAUGAAAAUUGUUUCGAUUAAUAUGUAUAAUAUUCUUUAAAGCAGAGUUUUACUUGAGAGAAAUCAUCCUCCUCCUCCUCCCACUUUUUAUAAUGGAAUUUCUUUGGAAACUUUUUAUUUCAAUAUAUUAUUGUAUUAUAAUUGAGCAACAUAUUUCUUAAGUUUUCAUAACUAUAUGUAUAUGAAAAGUAUAAGAAAUGAACUAAAAGUAUGCUUCUAUUUGUCUAGCAUACUAGCUUAUUCUUUUUUUUAUAAGGAAAAUAUGAAUGAGAUGGCGAAAUUUGGAGGAAUGUAUAUAGUAUAUGUUUGUUACUUAGGAGCAUUUACUUCUAAUUGAACUUAUGCAUGUUAAAUAUUAACUUUGGCAGAGUUACAAUUGGAAUGACCCAUCCCAAAACGGACAGCAGCUGUCUGAUUUUUAAUUUCAGAUUUUAAAGAAAUUUACCACAGUUGUUAUGUAUUGCAAGAGUUUAUCAAAUCAUAGACUUUUUGACUCGACAGCCUUUAGCCAAAAAUAUAAUAUCGAAAAUUGUAUGGUUCAAGAGUUAUUUUUGAAGACGUCAUAUUUUUGGACGUCAUAUUUUGCAAUACAUAAUAACUGAGUAAAUUUUGUUAAAAUCAGAGAUGACAAAAAAUGCUGUUUUUUGUCCGCUUUGGGAUGGAUGCUCCCAAUUGUACAAAUUACUAUUCAAUUUUUAAAGUAACUUAAGUGAAAAUUUCAACCUUAACGGUAGAUGAAAGUCGACUAUCGUGUAAAUGGAGCUUAAUCUAGCAAAGUAAAUGCUUCGAACAUGUUUCUAUAGAAUAUGCUUAAUCAAUUGCAACAGUAUACAAUAUGUAAAUCUGUGUGCGAACUAACGAAUGGCUGGCUAAUUUUUUUGUGUAAAUUUCCAUAAGUGAAAGUUAGCCAGCCAAUCGCACACAAUUUAUCAUUUUGAAUACAGCUGUUACAAGACCAAGUGAAAAUGUAGAGAAUAAACUGAUUUAAGGGUUUAAAAUUUAAGCAAUAAAGAACUUUCCAACUUUCGAUUCUCUUAUUCAAGUAAAACAUUUUUAAUUUUCUCUUUAAAUACAGGGACUUUUUAAUUGAAACAUAAUACAAUAUUUUUUAUUAAAAACAACCCCCCAAACUACGCAUUUGUUGCAAAUAAACUACACAAACAUAAUAUUAUCUUCCUUUGGAACAUAAGUUUUAACAUUAAAAUACCUUUUUUAAACCAAGAAAUUAAUAUAAACCCCCCAACAUUUUUUUAAAAUCAAAACCCAUGUAUAUCUAAAAAAAAAACUACUUUUGGUUUAUAUAUUUUCUCACUGAAAAUCAACUGGGAAAUUGUUUGUUUUAAUUUCAUUUAUUUAAAAACCUAAAAAAACAGCUAUUUGAGUUCGAAGUUUAAUUAAAUUAAUUUAAAUUUAUUUUCUAAUUUUUUAACUUUUGGAUAAUUUUCUUAUUACAUAUUUCAUAAUGCUAAUCGUAUAAUUGUGUAUACUAAUCUAGUUUUAAAAAAACAUUUAAAAGAUACGGCCAUUUAAAGAAGUUUAUAUAUAUAUUUUUUAUUUAACUCAACUUUAAAAAAAAAAGAUAUUUGAAGCUUUUUUUACAUUUGUAACAACCAACACGUCAUUAAUAUUUUUAUUUUUAUCAUUUUGAUUUUAAAUUUUAGUUUUAAACUAUAUUUUUUUUUUUGUUUAUAAGGAAAAUAAGAAUUGUAAAUUAUAAGUGAAAGAUAUAAAUAAAACAUGUUUUAAUAAUA